UUGAUGAAGAUGAAGACGGUGAAGGAGAAGGAAUAGAUCUCUUUGGAGAGGACAUGGAAGAGUUAGUCUCAUCUAUUUCCCUUUUACUUAUUCAGCUUCAAAUGGACUAUAUCAAUGAUGAAGAAGAAUUCGAAGCUAUGGAUCCCGCUGCGCGUCGAGCUGCCGAACAAGCUAUGGAACGACGGGAUCGUGCCACUGGACGUGGGCCUGGACGUCGUGCGGCCGCCCGUGAACGAAUGCCUUUCAUUCUGAGUGAUGGGAUGAGUGAAGGGGGCGACGACGAAGAUAUGGGACUCGCCGGAAACCUGUUGGCUGGUAUGAAGCCACGUGUAAGAAAGCAAUACGAUGAAAGGAAAGAUGUAGAUGAUGCCGAAGGUAUCGAAGAUACGAUCCCCCUCGAACAUCUUGGUGAUAUCAAGGCCAACUCGAUUGCUGAAUGGAUUGCCACACCCAGCGUCCAACGCUCCAUUGAGACGCACUUUAGGCACUUCUUACUCAGUUAUACCGACGACUCUGGUACAAGUGUCUACGGAAAUCGUAUAAAGGACUUGGGUGAAAACAACGCGGAAUCUCUCGAGGUCUCCUAUCAGCACUUGGCAAAUUCAAAGGCUAUUCUGGCAUAUUUCCUGUCCAACUCCCCCGCAAGUAUGCUCAGUAUCUUUGAUGGAGUAGCCUUAGCUUGUGUUCUGCUCUUUUACCCAUCUUAUGAGCGCAUCCAUUCCGAAAUUCAUGUGCGCAUCACGCACCUCCCUACUUUCUCUACUCUUCGCUCUCUCCGACGAAACGAUCUGAAUUCCCUUGUUCGCGUCAGCGGUGUUAUCACCCGCCGCACUGGUGUCUUCCCUCAACUCAAGUACGUUAAAUUCGACUGCAGAAAGUGCGGGGCCGUCCUUGGUCCCUUCUACCAAGAUGCUAUGGUCGGCGGUGGUGGAAAGGCCGGCGAUAAAGAAGUCAAAAUUAGUGUCUGCCCUCAAUGCAACAGUAGAGGACCCUUUACUGUCAACAGCGAAAAGACCGUUUAUCGUAAUUAUCAGCGGAUGACCCUACAAGAGGCACCCGGAAGUGUGCCACCAGGCCGUCUACCCCGACACAGGGAAGUUAUUCUUCUCUGGGAUUUGAUUGAUGGUGCAAAACCUGGGGAGGAAGUGGAAAUCACUGGGAUCUAUCGAAACAACUUCGACGCUUCCCUCAAUACCAAGAACGGUUUCCCAGUUUUCUCCACAGUUAUCGAAGCAAACUAUAUAUCAAGGAACUCAAACCCUUCUCUUGCUCUUACACUCACCGAAGCAGACGAAAAGGAAAUCCGCAGCCUUUCCAAGGAUCCACGAAUCAGCAAACGAGUCAUCAAGUCUAUGGCACCUUCAAUCUACGGACAUGAAGAUAUCAAAACCGCCAUUGCCUUGUCUCUCUUUGGUGGUGUCAAGAAGGACAUCAAGGGGAAGCAUCGCAUCAGGGGAGAUAUCAACGUGUUGAUGCUCGGUGAUCCGGGUACAGCGAAAAGUCAAUUCCUAAAAUACGUGGAGAAGACUGCACCCAGAGCUGUCUUUACGACCGGUCAAGGAGCCAGCGCUGUCGGUUUAACGGCGAGUGUCAGAAAGGAUCCAGUGACGAGAGAAUGGACACUCGAAGGAGGUGCACUUGUUUUGGCGGAUAAAGGCGUAUGCUUGAUCGACGAAUUUGACAAGAUGAACGAGAGUGACCGUACCAGUAUCCACGAAGCUAUGGAACAACAAACUAUUAGCGUUAGCAAGGCGGGUAUCAUUACUACCUUACAAGCAAGAUGCGCCGUAAUUGCUGCUGCCAAUCCUAUAAGGGGAAGAUAUGAUGGGACGGUUGGGUUUGGACAAAAUGUGGCUCUCACUGAACCCAUUUUAUCUCGUUUCGACGUGCUAUGUGUAGUGAGGGAUCUCGUGGAUCCUGUUGUCGACGAGCUUCUGGCCCGAUUUGUCAUAGGCAGUCAUCUAAGAAGCCACCCUAAAUUCGAGGGCGAGCAGGAGGAAAUGACCAUUGGAGACAGUCUUGACCAGGAUGAUCUACUCCGAAAAUAUAUUAUGUACGCAAAAGAGAAAGUCCAACCAAAGCUCCAUGACCUGGAUAGAGAGAAAUUGGCCAGGCUCUUUGCAGACUUGAGAAGAGAGAGUUUAGCGACAGGAAGUUUCCCUAUAACUGUUCGACAUCUUGAGAGCAUGAUUCGGUGGGUACUCCCAAGAAUGAAUUCUCCGCAAUGUUUUAUUUACUUGCACCAAUCCAGUAUGGCCGAAGCGAGUGCUAAGAUACACUUACGAGAAUAUGUUCGCGCCGACGACGUGGAUUUGGCCAUUUCUGUGGCAGUUGGCAGUUUCUUGAGUGCACAAAAACUCAGCGUUCGAAGAUCUUUGGAGAGGGGAUUCCGUAAAUACCUUUCUCAUGCCAAAGAUCACGAAGAGCUUCUGGCCUUCUUACUGGGGCAACUGGUAAAGGACAAGGUUCGCCAGCACCAGCUCGUGACAGGAGCUCAGCCAAAUAGAGUGACUGUUAGCACAGCUGCUCUGGAAUCCAGGGCGAAGGACCAUGAGAUAUACGAUGCAGCGCCAUUUUACCGCUCCAAGCUGUUUUCAACAAAUGGCUACAAGUUACUAAGCGGUGGUGAAAUAGAGAAAACCUUUGGAUCUGAAGGAGGGCUAUGA